UUUUUUUAGAACCGUUGUUGUCAGGCAGCAAAGAAGUGAAGACCAUUACUGUCACAAGAUUAAAAGCUGUAACAGGAAAUGUACUUGUGGUACAGAGACCAAGUGCAGAAUACAAGCGUUAAUUUGCUCACAUUCUACCUUGAGCAGUAACAGCAAUCAGUAAUUAACCAGAGGGUGUCAGUGAUUUUGACAGGAACAAGAAGAAGAGGUGAAUGUUGAGGAUAACAACUUGGAUACUGAAGAAAAACCCUGAUGGUGGAAAAGAAAACAUUAUAAGCAAAAUUCAAGAAACAAAAGGAGGAUCAACUGGUGACAUCAGCAUUUAAUGAGACAACUGCCCUGCCUUUACCAGAUCUUCUAGAGCAAUAGCCUGUCUGAAGUCAGGAGGUUCUUCUGUUACUAUGGCCCCCAAUAUUCUCUCAUUGUUCUCCUCUGUAUACUCCAUACAAAUAUAUGCAUGUGCUAUAAUGCUUUGUGUGUUUUAUGAUGUCAAAGUCUAUUCUUCAGAGAUGUCAGAAACUCCCAUUGCAUUGUGCCACUGCAGCUUCAUAACUAAUACCAGUUCUACCCUCGUAGAAUUGGAGAAAGAGGUCAAGACAUUCCAAAAGACUUUGCUGCUGUACUCGGAUAGAAAAGUCCAGCCAUCCAAUUGCUCUCAUUCUCAGAGUACAGUGUGCAUUAUAGAGGAGCUGGAAAUGGGGAGCAACUGUUUAAAUUUGAGGCACUUUGAGUCAACAGACCAUUUAAAACAUACUGACAAGAUGAAUAACACUUGUGCUGGCUGGUCUGAAAUAAAGAACUUGACUGUAAAUGCGACAGCUGAGGCACAACUGACAUCUUCUUCAAACAUGAACUCAAAAGAAAUCCAUGUCACGGUAAAUAAGACGGUGGUUGUUGAUCUUUUCCAUGAUGUUGUCAUUCCUUGUACCUUCAAUGGAUCCGUUGAGCUACUGAGCUCUUUUGUGUACUGGACAAAGCAGAACUCCUCUAAAACCUCCAUUAUCAUGGCUUAUGAGAAUGGAACCAGGCAGCCUGGGAAAGAAUCCUCAAGUUAUAGGAACCGAACCAAACUUAUGUUUGAUACCACACUGGGAGACGCCUCCUUGUUUCUAAAGAAAGUAUUGUUGACAGACAGUGGAAGCUAUUUUUGUCGAGUUGGUAGCUUAAAAAGUGGAACCUUUGGUGAAGCAGGAAUGAAUCUGACAGUAACUGGGACACAUCCUGAUUCUCAUUCAUCCACAAGUAUAUUAUGGAUUACUUUAGGUGUAUCUGCACUGAUCAUUUUUGGGAUCGGUAUAUUACAGUUUUUCUCGAUUGGUUUGGCUCAUUUCUUGAAACAGAAAUUACAUUCUUAAAACUAUAA